GAUACUUGCCUUUGGGUAUAUUCGCACGGGAAGAGACAGAUCUUCAUAUUCCAGAAGGUUAAGGAUUGAUUGAUUUUCAUUAAAUAUUCACAAGAAAAGAAGAUAAUUUCUGGUUGAAUACAAGCAAAAAAAAAAUUAUUCUGACUUGCUUUCAUCAUCAUCUUCUUCUUCUUCUUCUCCAAUUAUCAUCUCCCACCACCCAAAGGAUCUCUCCCAUUGCCUAAUGUCGAAGCAAACGUACAGAGUGUGCUUCUGCUUCCGCCGGAGGUUCCGGUACACCGCAUCGGAGGCGCCGCGCGAGAUCAAGACCCUUUACGAGAAAUACUCGGAGAAUGGGGUCAUGACGGUCGAUCAUCUCCACAGGUUUCUGAUCGAUGUUCAGAAGCAGGGGAAAGCGACGAGAGAGGAUGCGCAGUCGAUCAUCAAUGCCGCGUCUUCUCUUCUUCAUCGGAAUGGUCUCCACCUUGAUGCUUUCUUCAAGUACCUUUUUGGUGACAACAACUCUCCACUUGCUGGACAUGUGGUGCAUCAAGACAUGGAUGCUCCUAUAUCGCAUUAUUUCAUAUUCACUGGUCACAAUUCUUAUUUGACCGGUAACCAGCUGAGCAGUGACUGCAGUGAGGUACCUAUUAUUGAUGCAUUGAAGAAAGGUGUCAGGGUGAUUGAAUUGGAUAUUUGGCCUAACUCCAACAAAAACGACAUUGAUGUUCUUCACGGAAGGACUCUCACUGCACCUGUGGAGUUAAUCAAAUGUCUAAAAGCUAUCAGAGCACAUGCCUUUGAUGUUUCUGACUAUCCUGUUGUUGUGACUCUUGAAGAUCAUCUUACUCCUGAACUUCAGUCCAAAGUUGCUGAGAUGGUUACCGAGAUAUUUGGAGAGAUCUUGUUUACUCCUCCUGUGGGAGAAUCCUUGAAGGAGUUCCCAUCGCCAAACUCUUUAAAAAGGCGGAUCAUCAUCUCAACGAAACCUCCCAAAGAGUACAAGGAAGGCAAAGAUGAGGACUCUGUGCAGAAAGGUAAGUCUUUGGGUGAUGAAGAAGUUUGGGGGAGAGAAGUUCCGAGUUUUAUCAACAGGAACAAAAGCGGUUACAAGGAUGACUUAGUUGAGAAUGAUGACGAUGAGGAUGAUGAUGAGGACGAUGAUGAUGGAGACAAGUCCAAGAAGAAUGCACCACCGCAGUAUAAACAUUUGAUUGCAAUCCAUGCUGGGAAACCAAAAGGUGGGAUCACCGAGUGCUUAAAGGUUGAUCCUGAUAAGGUAAGACGCCUUAGCUUGAGCGAAGAGCAGCUAGAGAAGGCGGCAGAAAAAUAUGCAGUACAGAUUGUGAGGUUUACUCAGAGAAAUUUGCUGAGGAUUUAUCCAAAAGGAACUAGAGUUACUUCAUCAAAUUACAACCCGUUGGUUGCAUGGAGCCACGGUGCUCAAAUGGUGGCUUUCAAUAUGCAGGGAUAUGGAAGAUCAUUGUGGCUAAUGCAAGGAAUGUUUAGAGCCAACGGCGGAUGUGGAUACAUCAAGAAACCUGAUAUUCUGCUGAAAGGUGGCUCUGAUAGUGACAUCUUUGAUCCAAAAGCUACUCUACCUGUAAAGACAACACUGAGGGUGACUAUAUACAUGGGAGAAGGCUGGUACUUCGAUUUCCGCCACACACACUUCGAUCAAUACUCACCUCCUGACUUCUACACAAGGGUGGGGAUAGCUGGAGUUCCAGCGGAUACGGUUAUGAAGAAGACAAAGACGUUGGAGGAUAACUGGGUACCGGCUUGGGACGAGGUGUUUGAGUUCCCAUUAACGGUUCCGGAGCUGGCUCUACUGCGAUUAGAAGUGCAUGAGUAUGACAUGUCAGAGAAGGAUGAUUUUGGAGGGCAGACAUGCUUGCCUGUUUGGGAGCUGAAGGAAGGGAUAAGAGCGUUUCCUUUACAUAACCGUAAAGGGGAGAAGUACAAAUCCGUCAAGCUUCUCGUGAGGUGUGAGUUUGUGUGAUGACGGUAUUGGGUCAGAAAAACACUUUGAAACUGGUCCGCUGAGUAUUUGGGUUCGAAGGAUUUGGUGUGUGCAUGUGUGUGAGUUUGUAAAACUGAGAGAAUGAUUGCUUUUAUUUGUUGUGUAAUAAUAUAUACUAGAUUUUGACCCGCACGCUCGUGCGGGUGUAUUUUUUAAAAAAAUAUAAUGCUAUUUUCUUUUUAUAUC